GGCGGAGUGUCAAAAUGUGCUUUGGAUGAACCAUCACAUUUGGCUUGACCUCUCCUUGGGUUUCAGCCUUGGGUGCAGGUUUACGCGUUUCCAUCUGAGGGAACACGCCAUUGUCUCCAUGAAUCAUGCCUCCAGAAAAUGCAUUCGAAAAGUUAUCUUAUAUGGCCUACAUAUUCACGAUGUUUCCCCAGUACUUCAUUCAAAACACCACAGGGUCCUCAAAUACUUAUAACCUUAUCAACUGUAUAUCCAGCGCUGGAUUCUCAUCUGACAAACAACUUUCCCGUUGAAUUCGUCCGUAAUAACAUGGAUGACACACAAGAGGAGGAAGUAGCUCCAAGGCUUGACGAUGGACAAAGACCUCUCUUCUCUACGUCUGAACUCUCCUUUGAUCGGCGCCCAACGAGACCCAAAGCCCCUGUCAGGAAGAGAAGACGCGCCGCCCCUACAACACCGGCCUUUACCUUUUCACCUUCGUUCAAUCGAGUGCAAACAGGGCUAUACCACCCCCCCGGCCAGGCGUCUGGUGGGACACCGCUUCCUCCAUCCGAAAAUUCAUAUCCUGAAUAUCCUUCCCUUCCCACGUCUUCAUCGCGUUAUUCCAACGACAUCUUCGAUAAUGUAGCCACUUCUGCUGCGAGACGUCCCUAUGCAUCUUCGCUCGGGGUUGAAGAUCAUACCUCGCACGAGUUCCCAUAUCCUCCAGAUACACACCUUAACCGUUCUUAUCCCCAACCAUCGAAUGAGACGUCAGGGCCAUACUUUCCUACCGGUUACAGUGAUGCGCAAAUGCAGACUGCUUCGUUUAAUGCUGGACGGCUGAUGUCUUCUUUUAUGCCCCCUUCAUCUUCCACCCCAGGUGUGUAUGUCCCCACGGAGUCUCGACAUGCCCCGUAUCACGUCCAAGCCGAUGUGAAUCCUCCGUGGCUAUCACAAGCCGGUUAUACUGCUGACUAUCCGUACAACACUAGUUCUUUCCCUGAGCGAGAUUUCUCGGAUCCUUACCAGGAUGCGUAGGCUCCGACUGGGCCUGUCUGUCAUUUUCAUAGCUCUUUUCGAUGAUAAAUCUUAUCUCAGGCAGAUGAGAUGUUCUGCUCCCGAAAAAUCAGAUUAUCUGGCGAUAUUUUGUAUCAGUGACUAUUAUUGUACUAAUACUGUGACUAUCUGUCAAUAUGUCCUAUCGCUGUUCUUGAUAGUAGUUCUUACUUCGAUCUUUAGCAUCACAAAUAUAUAGUGAUCAUUU